CGCUGUUCAAUCCAAUUUGUUCAACUUUCAAGGUGAUUGCUCUCUCGUUUAUUCACCACAAUGGCCACCACAAUGCGGGGGUUGACCCAGUUCAUCGCGGACAUCCGAGGCGCGAGGGUCCGCGAACUGGAAGAGAAGAGAAUCAAUAAGGAAAUGGCUAAUAUCAGGAAAAAGUUCAAAGACGGUAACUUGGACGGAUAUCAGAAGAAAAAAUAUGUGGCCAAAAUCAUCUUCACGUAUAUUCUUGGGUACAAAGUCGACGUUGGGCAUAUGGAAGCCGUGAAUCUCAUCUCCAGCCCGAAAUAUAGCGAGAAGCAGAUUGGAUAUCUUGCUGUCACGUUGCUAAUGCACGAAAAUUCAGAUUUCUUACGACUAGUGGUUAAUUCUAUACGGAAAGACUUGCACGGAAACAACGAGAUCGACAAUUGCCUCGCAUUACAUGCUAUUGCAAACGUUGGAGGAAGUGAAAUGGCCGAGGCUUUAGCAGAAGAUGUGCACCGACUCCUCAUUUCUCCAACAUCAGAAAGCUUCGUCAAGAAGAAAGCUGCUUUGACACUGCUGAGGCUAUAUCGCAAACACCCCGAUGUCAUUCCUGCUGCUGAAUGGGCUCUUCGCAUCAUUUCUCUCAUGGACGAUGAGGAUUUGGGAGUCGUAAUAUGCGUUACAAGUCUUGUGAUGGCUCUUGCCCAAGAUCAUCUACAUGCCUAUGCUGUUUCCUACACGAAAGCCGUAGACCGACUAAAUCGUCUUGUCAUUGAGCACGAGUAUUCUGCUACUUAUGCAUAUUACAGAGUACCUUCACCCUGGCUGCAAGUCAAGCUUCUACGUUUACUUCAAUAUUACCCUCCUUCAGAGGAUCCAGCCAUUCGCUCAGUGCUGCACCAGGUCCUGCAAACCACCAUGGAUAAUAGCGCAGAACCUUCCCGCAAUGUUCAGCAUAACAAUGCCCAACACGCCGUCCUAUUUGAGGCUAUCGGUUUAGCAAUUCACCUUGACACUAACUCACCCUUAGUGAACACUGCUGCCGUACUGCUAGCACGUUUCAUCUCCUCAAAGGAGACAAAUGUUAGAUAUCUGGGCCUUGACACUAUGGCUCAUCUAGCGGCUAGGGCCGAGUCCCUCGAACCCCUCAAGAAACACCAAAGUACCAUCAUUCUCUCAUUGCGGGAUAAAGAUAUAUCAGUUCGACGACGAGCUCUUGAUCUUUUGUACAGCAUGUGCGAUAUCGACAAUUCCGAGUUGAUUGUCGGGGAGCUUCUUCGAUAUCUCAGAGUUGCUGAUUACGCACUGCGCGAGGAGAUGGUACUCAAGAUCGCCAUAUUGACUGAGAAGUAUGCCACAUCGUACAAGUGGUAUGUUGAUACCAUUUUGCGGUUAAUUAGUGCUGCCGGAGAUCAUGUAGGAGAAGAAGUCUGGUAUCGAGUUGUUCAAAUCGUCACCAACACGGAGGACCUGCAGGAAUAUGCUGCGAAAGUUGUAUUCGAACAUCUGAAGGCACCAACUGCUCACGAAAGUUUGGUUAAAGUUGGGGGCUAUAUCUUAGGGGAAUAUGGUCAUCUCAUUGCCAAUGAACCAGGCUAUAGUCCGCUCGAACAAUUCCAUAUUUUGCAUUCAAAAUCGCAAUUUUGCAUGGCUGCCACUCGUUCCUUGUUGCUUUCAACAUAUAUCAAAUGGGUCAACGUCUUCCCUGAAAUCAAGCCCCAGCUUGUCCUCAUAUUUGAACGUUAUAGACAUGUUCUGGAUUCAGAACUCCAGCAACGCGCCAGCGAGUUUUAUGCCUUAGCUCAGCGGCCGGAAGAGGAUGAACUUUUACAGAACGUAUGCGAGGAAAUGCCGCCUUUCCCUCCUCGGUCCAGCGCGCUCCUUGGUCGUUUGAACAAGGAUCAAGGGGACACAGAGGACAAGCGGACCUGGAUUCACGGUGGGAAGGACGCCAAUGUGGACCGGGAACUGACCCGGCGAAAGACCCUCAUCCAAGCCAACGGAUCUACCGCUUCUCACAUUGCUAUUGGCGCGCCAUCGACCCAGGAUGUCAUGGGUUCACUGGUUGGUCUGGACUUAAGACAUACAGAAGUGGCCAACUCGAGCGAGCGACCCAAUCUGGCUGUCGGGCCCAACAUAGACCGUUGGUAUGAAAAAUUAAUGUUCAGUUCCGAGGGUGUCUUGUUUGAGGAUGUUCAGAUACAGAUCGGAAUCAAAUCCAGAUAUCAAGGUCACAUUGGACAGUUGGCCAUAUACAUAGGGAAUAAGGUCCCAACACCGUUGACCUCCUUCAUCACUGCUGUCCAUGUUGACGACCCAGAUGCUCUUUCUGUUACUUUCGCAAAGCUUCCUCCAAAUGUGAUCGCGCCUCGCACUCAGACCCAACAGCUUUUGCACAUUGAAUGCAAAAAAGCAUUUUCCACACCCCCAAUCCUUACAGUGUCGUUUUUGGCAGGCUCACAUCAAACAACCUCGAUACGACUGCCUAUCGUACUCACCAAAUUCCUUGAGCAUGUCAAACUUGGGCAAGCUGAUUUCUUCGAACGAUGGAAACUGAUAGGUGGCGCCCCUCGAGAAUCUCAAUCGAUCUUCCCUGUUACAUUGAACAACGCUGGUCAACUUGACCUAUCCAAGUUCCGUCAGGUUGUUGCUGGUCACAAAUUCAAUCUUCUGGACGACAUUGAUCCCAAUCCAAAUAAUUUGGUUGGUGCUGGAGUUUUACACACAUCUGUCGAGGGCAAAGUCGGAUGCUUGUUGCGAUUAGAGCCCAAUAAGGAAGCAAAACUUUGUCGUCUAACGGUGCGAAGUACAUCUGAAAACGUGGCAAAGGAAGCCCAAAAGCUCUUACAAAAGUCGCUAACGACUGAUACAUAAUUGAGACUGACGAUUACAGUA